UUGUAGUUGUCGUCGUGUCGUGUCGUGUCGUUUGUGUUGUUCUUGUUAAGACGUGAUUCGUUUGUUAUUAGCGAGAGCUUUUCGGAGCGGUGUUUUCCUAGUAAAUAAUAAUUUAUAUCAGAAUUAGUGAUGGACCUAGAAAAUUUUAAGAUUUUAUUAGAUAUCCCAAAUGGUGUAUACUAUGCCGGUUCUGUAGUAUCCGGAAAAUUAAAAUUUAGUUUGAACCGAGCAAAGAAAAUAAGAGGUGUAAAAAUUGAUUUUCUUGGAGAAGCCAAAGUUUCGUUCAAGGGUAAUUUAAAACCCGCUAGCCCGGAGGAAAUUUCGAAACGAGAUGAGGCUGUUACCUUCUGUGCUUCUGAAGAAUACUUUUCUGCAAUGUACUACCUCCUGGGUAGCUCUAACAGAACCAAUAAAACGAGAAGUGUCAACGACGUUCUGCUGCAUGUGGUGUCGCUCGGGCCCUCUGACGAUGGUCCUGAACUUGCCAUAUGCUGGGUUUGUGCCUGGCCAGAACAUACCUAUGAUCCUGGAGGUGGACAACGCGAGUAACGUCGAUGUGGAUAAUGUUGUCGUUAAGUUGCUGCAGGUUAUUACGUGGAAGGCUAGUGUACCUGAGAGUAAAACAAAGACAGACACAGUGGACCUGGUGGAACUCUCUCUUGCCAAUGUCAACGCCAAAGACUCAAAGACAUUCACUCAAACCUUUACAGUUCCUGUGGUCCCUGUAUACAGCCUGCACCAAUGUUCUAUCAUCACUUGUAACUAUGUUUUCAAGGUGAAAGCAGGAACGAGUGUCUGCUAUCUUGAUCUGACAGAAGAAGUGCCUGUGUUUCUGGGCACUGUGCCAGUGUACAAGGAUGGAGAAGCAUUUCCUGUAUAUUCCUCUGUGCCCAUAUCUACGAUGCCUAUGACACAACCACCAUUCAAUUCUUCUAUGCCGACAGCACAACAGCCAUUCUAUCCUCCUUUACCGACAGCAGCACAAGCUUUUAAUGCUUAUAUGCCGACAGCAAACCAGCCCAAUACCAUACAACAGACCACAUGUGAACCUUUCCAAAGGCAUCCUUCCAGUCCUCCAAUGCCUGCGCCAGAGCCUACCUCUAAUCCUUCCAUGCCUUUGCCACAAGCUCCAUUAAACUCCUCAGAUCCUUCAGCAGAAUUUACCUCAACUUAUCCUGCUUCUCUGUUGCCAGAACCAAUCGACAUCAAGGCCCGCCCACGCAACCAGGGUGGCUGGGCCCAUUAGGGACUUGUUACUGAUUUUGGUGCUCAAACUUUUGCCUGUAAGUCACGGAUGCCUUUUUAUGCCUUAAUUCUGUUAUACGUUCUUGAGUCUAUACUACAAUGAAAGAUCUCCUCUAAGUUAGAUUAGUUUUUAAAUGCAGAUUCUACGAGAUUUGUUCAAAAAGUAUUCAGAUAGUUUUAAUCUCCAAUGGUAAUCAUUAUAAUAAAAUUAAAUGCUGUAUAUUUCAAAUUAGUUAUUUAGCCGAAUUACUUGGCUAAUUUUAUGAACCUGUAUUGAUUAUUCCUUAACAAAAUUAACAGCAAAAUUUUAUUUUCAUGCACAUCGAAACCUUCAUACUGUUUUUAUGUUGAAGAAAACAGUAACCACCUUUAACUCACCAGGUAUUCCUCCUUGUGUCAUUUUGUUCCUCAAUGUGGAACUUGGACUGAAAGGUUUUGAGUUUCAAAAUGCGAUAGAAAAAUGUUGUAGUUGUAUAAAUGCUAAAUCAUGGUUUGAGCAACACAAACAUUGUUAAAUAUUUGGCAUAACACGGGUAUCUAUUUAAAGGCCUUGAAUCAGACCGUUCAUUCAUAAUUAUAGUCAGUCUGAUACUUUUUGAACAGAACUCGUAUAUUGCAGUGUAAAAAUACGCUUAUUCAAGUCUUUUACUAGUGGAAUAAUUUUAUAGGGACUUUAAUCCAAAUAACCAAUAGUUGCUAAGGAAAUACGAGGCAUGUUUUAAAAGUUAGUACCAUUUUAAUAUAUACAAAAACAAGUCACUUUUUGUAACAGCUUUAUUUUUAUAUGCAUGCUUCUUCUUGUCUUCUCUUCUUCACAACUGCAGCCAGCAUACAGAACCAUUUACUUCUGCCAUACUUACCAUACCAAACAAUAACCUUUUUUAUAGCAUCAUCAGAGAAAUUUGCUACCCUAUAUAAUAGUGACUGCAACAUGAUCUUUUGACGCUAUUGUUGUCAUUGCAGUGUUAACCUUCAAAUGAGAGGAAUUUUAAAUAUCCAUAAACAGAAGUAAAAAUAAUAAAUUUUUGCCAAACUUGCCAACAGAUGUAGGCUUGCAAUGUACAAGCGUGGGAUACCACUGCAGCUGCAAGAUUUUAAAAUGGUACUUACUUAUAAAACACACCUUGUACUUUUUAUUCUUAAAGCUAUGUUAAAUUUUAUAUUGUACUCAAUGCUUUCAUUUUUUUAAUUCUUAUUCGUUGAUAUAAAAUAUGUGGUAGUUGGAAAUUACAGUACAUAUUUCUAAAUAACCAUGUAUUGCAAUGAAGACUGAAAAGGGCAUAAAAUAAGAAUAAGAUGUUUCUUGAGCAAUUUUUAUUAACAAUACAUAAGAUGUGUGUUUGUGAUGAUGGUUUUACUUAAAUUUUAAUUUCUUAAUUCUUUCAGUUAAUUUAAUAAGAUUUCUGAUAAUAAAUUUCACCAUAACGUAAGUGAAUUUGUAAUAAAAAACGUUUGUGAUAUGUACUAGUUACUGCAAUGCAAAUAAAAUUGUUGUUGUGUACAAAAAAUAAUUACUUUUUAGUGUUUUGUUGUUAAGAGAAAACCCUAGCAGCUUUCUGAGUUAUUUAUAUCAAUUUCAAUUUGGUAUAAUAUCUGGUAUUUAGUGUAUAUAAAUUUAAAAUUAUUUCUAAUACUUUUGAGAUAGCCUUUUCCUAAUCUCACUCAUAUGAGAACUAAAAUGCUGCAAAUGGGUCAUUUUACACUUUAAAUGUAUAACAACUGUACCUGAAAGUUCACAAAACAAGUUUAUAUUUAAUGUUAUUGUGACUGGAUUAUGGUUGUGAUUAGGCUUCUUACCUGAUUAUGCGCAAUAUUGUACUAAACAUGUACUUACUAAUUUUAUAUAUUGAUGUUAUUCAAUUCAAUAAUGUUAGAUUGUUAGCCAUAUUAGAUUAGAUAAGGUUUUGCAUUACGGGUACGUUAUAUUAUAUCCUCUUUUUAUAAUAGAUUAGAUAUUGUUUAUAUACUGAUCUUUCUACCUUAUUUGCUCAAUAUAUAGCAUGAUCUGUGAUAGCAACACAGUUCCUAUUCUGUAAGCAAAAUUUUUCCUGAGCAUUGCUUUGUAACAGAAAUGUAUUUGAAGAAGUGUUCAUAAUAAGAGAUUUUGAGACUGAAUUGCAUCUUGUUACGCUUUAUUUUUACAGUUAUGAUGUUUAAUUAUCAGGAACAAAUAAUUAUCUUACAGCAGAUUUUACAUUGUUGGUGUAUGAAGUUCAUGUUUAGGCUUCUGUGACAUCGGACGAUUUUGAAUUCUAAUGCAGAAUAAGCAUCCAUCUGGCAUAUUGUACUGUUGUAUGGAUAGUUUUGAAUUCAGAUUGAAUCCGAAAGUUGAUAUCUCAACAGCAUUGGUUGGAUUUACAAGGAUUCUGGGAAUUAUUCAAUGAUUACUCUUUAUCUGCAGCAACUAGUGUUAUCAGAUUCAGAGAUUUACCAUUUCUGUGCCAUCCUGAUUGCACCGAGAUUAGCUGUCACUCAUGCCUGUAAUAAGUCUGCUGUCAGUCUAAACAUGUCUCGUUAGCGAUCAAAUCAAACAAUCGCUGAAAACCAAACCAAACAGUUCGUGAGUUGCAGAAAGAUUUCAACAUACGGUACCAAAAACCAUUAUUGCUGUAAUUGUGUUCAAUCGUUAAAACAACUGGUUGCGAAGUUCGUCCUAAAAUUACUCACAAAUGAUAAAAUUAAGUAGCGUUUGAAUUAACACAAGGUUUGUAAGAAAUUGUAACCACUGACCCCAACUUUUGGCUGUUGUGAAGUUGGAAUCCUCGCUCAAAGGAACCAGAUGUAAAACCGUUGAAGAGGUCAAAGUGAAUGUGGCGACUAAGGUAAUGGCUAUCCCAAAGGUGAACUCUGAAAUUUGUUUCUUGAAAUGGGAAGGAUUGUUUGAACAAGUGCAUCAUGCCCAUUAGAUAAUAUAAUUCUGAAGGAGACUAAAGUUUAAUUGCGAUCUUAGUCUUUCAGUAAUAUCAAAAUAUCAGAUACUUUCCAGGCCGGUCUAUAUGUUCAUUUAUCAUGGUCUGUGGUACGGUAUUGGGCUGUUGUGCUGUCGGCAUAUAAGCAUUGAAAGCUUGUGCUGCUGUCGGCAUAGGAGGAUAGUAUGUAUUAGUAUUAGAGACUGUUGCACAUGUAAUACAAAUUUGAUCUGAUGAUGACAGCUCUGAGCAAUGCUUGUUAGGAAAUUUGUGACAUAGGAGUAGUUGGUUGAAACUGACAAUAAAUUCUGAUAAGAUCAUGAAGAUUAAAGUGUGGGUUUUAUUGAUAUUUUGGUAAGGAGAGGAAGGAGUUUCUUAUGGUAAUCAUGAAAAGGAUGUUGAAGCUAGUAGCAUCUUUUUUAAGAGUUCAUUUCAUUAAAAUUAUCUUUUUCCAAGAUAAUUCUUUUCCUCUUGCAUGAUCAGUUUUAAAAAUAAGAAAUGACGACUAGGGCUCUAUGAGACAGCCAUAUAAAUAGCUGAAACAAGAUGGCCACUAGAGUAGCCUGGAGCUAUAUGGAUCAGGUAGUCCAUAUGAUAAGUAGCCUAGGCACCGAAGGAAGUGAGUAAAUUAAAACGGGUCUUUAAUGGGUACGAUUUUUUUCCAUCAUUCAUUUCUCUUUUAAUUUUUAUCCUUUUCCACCAUCCAUUUUCAUGUGGAGAUGAAAAGAGAGGACUAUACUAGCAGGUCCUAGAACAAUGACUGGAGUAAAUCAUUGUCCUCUGCAUACUUUUGCAGGAGGGUUAAUAAGUCUCUAUGGAGUCGGUGUGGGAGUCGUAUACUGCAUAAUAGAUUAGACUUUUGGACGAAAUCACUUUUGAUUUUCUUUUCUUUCAUUCAUAUACUCAGAUGCAAGAUUUAUUGAAGUUUAAGUAUUAGGAAACAAGAUUUUCGGUUGCUGUAAAAUAAUUAUUGUGUUUAUAUUCUUUAAGCUGUUGGCAGUGUAAAAUAUGUAAGGGGUAGGAAAGGAUAUGUGGGAAUAAAACACUACUGGCUAUUUUCGGUUUAAAUUAUUUUUUUCAAAACUACUUUUUUUGUAUAGUUACAAAGAAGUAGCUCUUAAAUUUCAUUCCCAACCGAAUACAUAUUGACAGGCAGCUUAAUCGUCUGAUGUCAGAGCCACCCACCUAAAUACGACCAACUUUGAAAAGUUUAGAGGAGAAUGUACCUAAUAAGAUUGAAAGCCUUGUUGUAUACAAAAUAAUGUUUAAACAAGUAUCAAGAAUAAGACUGAUUUUUUAUAUUGUUAUAUAAAUGGUUUUACUGUAUAUUUAUGUACCAUGAGUAAGUUUAGUUUAUGUAAUGUAUUAUCGUUUACUAGACUUAGUAUAAUAUUUUCAUUGACUCUUUUAGUGGAGAAUUUACAAAAAAAUUUUAUUAGAAAUAAGAGCUAAUUUGUACGUUUGUAUUCUCUUAGUAGUAUGAAUUUGUGAGCAGAAAUUUGUGAGUGAAUUUUUGUACUUGUAUAAUUUUUUAUUCUAUGGAUUUUUAUAAACUGUGCUUGACUAACUAAAGUAUAGAUUUUAUGCAGAGUU